CGGCCGAGAGGCAGGGCGCGUUUAGGUUCGCGCGGAUCCCGACGGCGUGAUGCGGUACAACGAGAAAGAGCUGCAGGCGCUGUCCCGUCAGCCGGCAGAGAUGGCGGCCGAGCUGGGCAUGCGGGGCCCCAAGAAGGGCAGCGUGGCCAAGAGGCGGCUGGUGAAGCUGGUGGUCAACUUCCUCUUCUACUUCCGCCCGGACGAGGCCGAGCCCCUCGGAGCCCUGUUGCUGGAGCGCUGUAGAGUGGCCCAGGAAGAGCCCGGAGGCUUCUCCAUCAGCUUCGUGGAAGACCUCAGCAGGAAGUAUCACUUUGAAUGCUGUAGCCAGGAGCAGUGUCAGGAGUGGAUGGAGGCUCUUCGCCGGGCCAGCUAUGAGUACAUGCGCCGAAGCCUCAUCUUCUACAGGGACGAGAUCAGGAAGAUGACGGGCAAGAAGUUGGAUCCACUCUGGCUGGACAGACGUGAGCCAGGAGGACACACCCACCCUUCUUCCCCGGGUUUGUACAACCACGCAGGUCCUGGCCUCUGUCUCCAGAAGGUGAGGGGUGGCACCCCUGCAGGGAUCUGGUGCCCUCCCUCCGCACCCCUGCACCUCCACCUACGCGACCCCCCCCCCACGACACAGGCUGGGUCUUCCAUGCCAGAAAGACCACACAGAGAGAUCUGGCUCAAGUGAAAACGGCUUUUAUUACUGUGUCUAGAGGCGGCAACAAUGUGUGAGAUGCCUUGGGGGAGCCAAGGGAGAGAACAGUGCACCUGUUAAGAACAGAGGUCAUCACAAGACAGAGCAAAGCUGCAUCAAGUUAUCAACAGGCCAGGCUGCCAAAACAGCUGUGUGGGUUGAGGGUGGGAACCGGGACGUGUGUCUGGUAGAGUCCCCAUGUGGGCUAGCCUAGGAGCGCCUCCCUUAGGGCUUCCUAUCAUUUUCCUGAGCUCAAGCCCUGAGCCAGCCUUGGGCUGGAGUGGCAGGGACCACUGAGGCAGUCUCACCCCACGCUAGGACCAUCAGCCAGGGUACCCAGGCUACCAUGAACAGUUUGUGGGUUCCCCUUUCUUGUGGGCUCAGGAGAGGACUUGCAGCUGUGCCUGCCUGGAGCACCUGUGGCCCACUGGGCCAUGCGGGCCACGACCAUGCAGUAUCUGUCCCUUAACACUCAAGUAAGGUAGAGGCGGCAGCCGCCGCCGGGUGGCAGGUGGUGUACAGUGUUCACUCAGUGUAGUAUCCAGGCUCGGGACUUGCUAACUAUGGCCGCCCUGCCCUGCAGCACCGUAGCUGGCUGAGGUGUGCAGGAACGAGCCUGGCUAGCUGAGCACCAUCGCAGGGGUGGGAGACAAGGGAGGGGCGGGAAGGGACACCAGCACCAUCUGUCUUCACAACUGCCAUGGGAGGCAGGUCAGGCUGAGGGGUCAACAUGGCCUCCCCACUCACAGCCCACCUACCUCAACCCGAAAUGAGCAGCACUGAGGGCAGUCAGGACUGCCUUAGCAAGCCAAGCCAGCCCUGGCACUUUGCAGCCACACCCAGGACCAGGAGGCAACUCCUAGACACAGGCAGUGCCCACAGUGACCAGAAGCCCUGGGUGGCCCAGCACAUGUGGGCCACACUCCUGCAGGGUCCCUGGCCAGAGCCAUUUUUUGUGCAUUUGAAUAAAUAAAAGUAUUUUUCCUCCUCA